AUGUACUUGAAAACAUUUUUACAUCAUUUUCUAACAUUUCUGCGUUCAACACAUGCUCGUUCAUUUUCAUGGAUAUUACUUUUAGUUCUCCUUAUGUUCAUCUUUCGUUAUAAUAUUUUAACCAUAUUGUAUAUUGUUCAAACAUAUCUAACUUGGUAUCGAUUCUCAUCUGGAGUAAUAAGUUCUAAUGAUAAUUUUGAUACGACAAUGUCUAGUUACCCAUUAAAUCAAACAUCAACUAUGCCAAAUUAUACAAAUGUAGUACCACCUAUAUUACAUCAUAUUGUUGUUGGUAAUAUUGAUUUAAAUAAACAUCCAAAAUGGAUAGCUGCACGAGAAGCUUGUUUGAAAUGGCAUCCAAAUUAUGAAUAUAAAUUUUGGACUGAUACAUCAGCUAAAAAACUUCUUGAAGAAGAAUAUCCAUGGUUUUUGGAAACAUGGAAAAAUUAUUGGUAUCCAAUACAACGUGCUGAUAGUUUACGCUAUUUUGUUCUUUAUCAUUAUGGAGGCAUUUUUCUUGACAUGGAUCUUCAUUGUCGUCGUUCAUUAGGACCUCUUCGUCGUUUUGAAUUCAUUUCACCUGCUGCUUAUCCUGUUGGAAUAUCAAAUGGUUUUCUUAUGGCUUCACCUCGUCAUCCCUUUAUGAAAGUUCUUGUUGAUCAAUUAGUAUUAUUUAAUCGUAAUUUUAUUGUACCUUAUGCUACAGUUAUGUUUUCAACCGGAUGUAUGUAUAUAUCAGCACAAUAUUCACUUUAUAAUGAUCGAUGUAAUCUAAAACUCUUAGAUUAUAAGCAACAUCGUUUAAGUGGCCGAAUAUCAACACCAUUAUUUCAUCAUUAUGGUAGUAGUAGUUGGCAUUCUAAUGAUGCAUCAUUUAUUAAAAUAGUAGAUCACAUGAUAAAAAGACUAAUUCAUUAUAGAGAAUUAGUUUCAUUUAUUUUUUUAAUAUUUAUUCUUAUUAUAUUUAUCUUAUUUCAUCGAAGAAGAACAAUGCAAAAAAAACAAAACGAAGAUAUUUUAUUAUUUUAA